UUUAUGUUAGUCUGUUGGCUGCAUUAGAUGGAUGUUAUUCUGUAGAUUUGCCGCUUGUUGAGGCAGUGUGACACAAUUCAACGUGCAUUUGGAUAAUAUAAAAUUGUUAUAUUAAAAUGGUAAAGCUAACGCCGGAUUUAAUUCAACAAUCCAUGCAAUAUAUUAAUCCUGUGAAAGAUCGUGAAUUGGAUCUGAGAGGAUAUAAGAUACCCACUAUUGAAAAUUUGGGAGCUACACUGGACCAAUUUGAUACAAUAGAUUUUUCUGACAAUGACAUACGCAAGCUGGAUGGUUUUCCUUUAUUAAAAAGAAUCAAAACGCUCUUCUUCAAUAAUAAUCGCAUUGUCAGGAUUGCUGAGGGUCUUGAACAUUGUAUUCCAAACCUUGAAACUUUAAUGCUUACGGGAAAUAUGAUUCAGGAACUUGGCGAUUUGGAACCUCUGAUACCACUUAAGAAUCUGACAAAUUUGUGUCUUCUACAAAAUCCAGUAUCUGCAAAGCCACAAUACAGACAAUACAUUAUAUACAGAUUGCCACAGCUGCGCCUACUGGAUUUUAGAAAAAUUAAACAAAAGGAACGUGAGGCAGCCUUAGAAUACUUUAGAAGUAAAAAAGGCAAAGAACUGGCACGUGAGAUAGCCAAGAAAGCAAAGACCCAAGUACCGGGCAUAAGUACUAUGGACAAACCACCAACAAAUGCAGACGAACGUUUGAAAAUUAGAGAUGCCAUAUCAAAUGCCUCGUCACUGGAAGAAGUUCAGAGACUCAGUAAAUUACUACAGGCUGGCCAUAUACCUGGUGAUGACAGACAGCACAAUGGAAAUUCAAAAACAGAUGCAAUGGAAGAAGAAGAUGAUUGAUCGUAGGACAGAUCUCUAAGUAUUAGAUUAGGUACUACGAUAAAGUCAUUCAGUAAGUAUGCGGCGCCCUUAAAAUGAAAAGAGGAAGACCAACAACUUUAGUUAUUAAGCUCAUAAGAAACUGUACACUACACAAAUACAGUAUCGAUUUUUUUAAAAUGUAUCAACCAGAACGGAACAGACGCAAUGAUCUUUGCGUGUAAUAAAACUCUUUAUUGAUUAAAAGGACUUUGAAGCGAU